CCCCUCCAUUCCCUUCCUUCCUCCUCAUCCAGCUCCACGCAAAGCUUGAGCUUUUCUUUUUCUUGUUUUGGUUUUCUUUCUUGGUAGGAGUAUCAAUAGUUCCUGGUUCUCCUCUUCCUCCUCUCUCUCUCUCUCUCUCUCUAGAUCUAUCUAGGAGAGAGAAAUCCAGAGGCAAAGCUUCAGGGUUUGUUAAUUUUGGAUCUAAUCAACUAACCAGAAAAGCCAAAAGAAAAGCAAGAAACCAUGAGCCACUUCGCCGCCAUGACGAGCCCUCUGCCCGUCGCCGCCUCCGCCCUCGCCGGCGACGCCAAGAGCCCGCUCUUCUGCCCCAAGCCACGACGCCCCGUGGCGCCCCUCCGGUGCCACCAGAGCGGCGGCUACACUGACGCCGGCGCCGGCAUGGAUCUGCUCGACCUCCUCCUCGCAAAGGGAGAGGAGAGCAGUCUCUCGGCUGCGUCCCCGCAGUCGCCGUUGUUCUGCGGCUCGCCGCCGCGGCGAGCGUCGAACCCGGUGGUCCACGACAGCCGGUUCGGCAUGGACUGCCCGCUCAUGCCCAUGCCCAUGCCCAUGCCGGCGCUGCCAGUGGCCGCGCCGGUGGCGGUACCCCGGCCCACCCCACGCUCGGCGGCGCCAUCCAUGUCGCCACGCAGCGCGGCCGGGUGCGCCCGCGCCCGGUUCGCGCUCCAGCCCGCAGCGGUGCGCGUUGAGGGUUUUGACUGCCUCGACCGCAGCCGCGGCGGCCGUGGCCAUGGUAUCACCGCCAUGGCCUAGAUGCACAUACAACACCAAGUAACCCUGAGACCCUCCCCUCCAUGGUGCAAGGCCUUCUUUAGCACCACUAGCACUAGAGGGGAGGUGAGAGAGAAUUGAGAGGAGCAAUUUAAGCCCUAAAUUUAACCCCUAAAAACUAUAUAAUCCAUCCAUCCAUCAAAUCCAUUCCGCAAUUAUAACGAGUUUAGGUAAUUUUACCACAGAUCUUUUUGUAUGUAAAUAAAGUUCAAGUUCAGGUUCAGGUUCCUCGUGUAAAUUUGGGAGCAAUAGUUGGGGAGGAAAAUUGGGUAGAAAUUGAGGGAGGAGCAGGGACAGGGCGUCAGAAAAAGAAGAGCCCUCUUGCAUUAAUAAAAAAUCUCAUCUGUCCCUGCCUUCUCUUUGGGAGGAUUAGUCAUUGGAUUUGGUGGGAGGGAGUUUGGGAUUAGUUAGGUAAUCUGUCCUAGUUCAUCUUCUAUCUACGAUGCUUAUUUUUGGUUUUUGAUGGAAUUGUUUUUGUCCAUGCAACCAAGAAAUUCCAAGGCCAUGCAGAUCUGUACAAAAGAGUGAGUGGCUACAAGAAGAGUGAGAGAGCAGGUAGGUUAAGUCAGUCAGUCAAUGAGCUGAGUGUGUGUGAGAGAGAGACAUGAUGUAUUAUUUGUGAUCUUUUCUCUUUGUAUAUUGUACUAUCCUUUUGGAUUUCCAAUGAAGCAAUCUGUAUAAUAUAAUGCUAUGAUUAUCAUCA